AUGACGCGGUUAUUACGUGAGCAAGGAGUACGUGUGGAGGGAGAGGCGCGGAGGGGCCGUCCUCGUACCAGAGCCGACUCCCGGCCGGCACCGCAGUCCGCGCGAGCUACCGACGUCGGCUUGUUGUCUGACGGUCGCGUAUAUUUGUACGGACGGCGGCUUUCGUAUAAUACCGUAACCACUCUCAGUCGCCUUUGUUUACUCCCCACGCGCAACUAA